AUGAAGUUUUCGGCAAGCCAAAAGGUCGUGCUUUGGUCGGGUAUWCAGACAGCAAAACAACAACAAAAUCCACAGAAAUGGUCGAUUUAAGGUUGUUUUAAACAGACUGUCAAAAUUGUCUCCGCAAGAAUACAUUUUCAGUCUAUUAACAUAAGUACGAGCGCUAACACAGUGUUUACAUUUUCCCAACGGAACUAACUCAAUGCGAAUGCAAAUGAGUCGAGAUCUGACAGCUCGAUUUGGAAGACAGUGAAUGAGCCAGCGUAAAAUUACGGUUCUGUCACGCCUUGGGAAGGGAAGGCAAGCUUACAGCAGCAUACGACGUCGAGUUUAUUCGYUCGCUAGCUUGYCAGGGCUUAUUCAACGAGCGACGAAAGCGAGUGGUUAGUCAAGAAGCAGGAACCUGUGAGCCAACAUGGUGGACGGCUUUGUGGUCGUUCCAAAUACGGACAUCGACAUUGAAAGAAAGAUUAAAAUAGUUCUUCUCGGAGACAAAGAGGUUGGAAAAACAUGCCUUCUUCUCCAGCUCUGCUAUAAGUCAAAUACGAUAUCGAGAAAGCAUUUGGAAUCGAUCUCUAACACCUAUCAAGCGAAUAUUAUAGURGAAGGCAAAGUAUAUCAGUUGGAUUUAUGGGAUGCAGAGUGCAAGGAUGCUAAUGACAACGUUCGGCCGUCCGCAUACACCGAAACUGAUGUCUUUUGUGUGUGUUUUUCGGUGAGCGACGCCGAAUCAUUUCGCCAUGUUGAAAACAAAUGGCACCAGGAAAUUAAAAAGCAUUCGCCUAAGACUCCAAUUAUUCUAGUAGGAACCAAGACAGACUUACGAGAGGCUCAUGAGGAAAAGAAUGGGAAAGUGGAUGAGAAAAAAACGGCAUUUAUAACUUAUAAAAUGGGRAAAAAGAUGAAAAAGAAACUGGGAGCUAUAAGRUACUUGGAGUGCUCAGCACUGACWCAGCGAGGGUAUGUAGAAGUCUUUACAGAAGCUGUUAAGGCAUGCAUCGAGCAGUCGAAAAAGGGAAGUAGCUGUAAUAUCCUUUAGKUCAUCAAUAAUACUGUGACAAUUGACUAUUGAGGAGUUAAACAUUGGAGAGAAAGAAGGCUGUGGCUUUGAAACGUUAUUGAUUAUCAUAUUCUAAAAAUAGGUUUAAGUGUUAGAAARAAAUGUUUAUUGAAACAUUGGACAUUAUAAGGCAAAACCACAGAUUCGAGAUAACCGAAGCUGAUAUACUAUAUUCUUAAAAUAACAAAAUUAAGAAUGUAAAUAUAUACCAGUCUAUCAUAUAAAGCUAAAUUUGUGUGCAUAGCCACUAAGGUAGAUGCUAUAAGACAAGCACAAUUACAAAAAUAUGUCGUCAAUCAGAUAAGAAAUGAAAAUAGGAAAUUUGAAACGGUUUGACAAGCUUAUUUAGAUAAGAGAAUAUGGAAAAGGCUUACAAAUUUAAAUGACUCCAUAUGAAAUAGCUAGAUUAGAAAUUAAAUAAUUCAGUGUUGUGUGSAUAUUUUAUUUAAGAUAGUAAACCAAAAUGAGUAUUGAUCAACUAGAAAAGGUAAAAUAGAAAUCUUUAAUAACUCGUUUAUCGGAGGGGAAAAAGUAAAGAAAGCGAGAAUGUUUUUGGAUAUCGAUAAGCAAUCAAUAUAAAAUCAGAAUAUCCGACCUCACGGGAAAUAGAAAUUAAGAUAUCUAAUAGAAACAAGAAAAGAAACAAGAAUAAAAAGUACAUAAUGUAUAAGACGAAUAUAUUUACUAGGAAGUUUGUAUGUAGUUAAAAUGUUUGAGUCAAAUUUAUCAUUACUUAUUGUACUAUAUGAAGAAUUUAUUUUGAUAAAAUGUAUUAUUGAAAAACUCAACCUGUUGAAAUACACCAUUAAAAACUGACAAAGGUGUCUUGGUGUCAAAACGGAUUGAAWAUACAGCAUAAGUGACCUCGACAGACAUGAGGUGUCGAGAUGAGACUAUGAUACGUUUAAUAUACCAUUCAUUURGCAUUCAAAUCUAUUGUUACUAUUCAUUCAUUUGAAAAUAUACUUAUUGAGGUAUUUAUUGAACGUCGAUUUAUUACUCGCAUUAGAGUACACCUAACGAUAAAAAAUUGUUUUCCUUGGCUAAAGAAAUAGAACAUUUGUCUUUUAGUACAAAAAGGAAUAUAUAAAAAUAUUUAAAACGUGGUUUUCUCUAGCAUAUGGGGUGAAAAACAAUAUCUUUAAGGAUAAGAAGGGAUUAAGAAUAGGUUAAAAAGGUGGUUUUCUUUGAUUGUUCUUUUGUCUUUAAUUGKUCUUAUCACUAUGCUUAUUCGAUGUCUCAUUGCGCACGUUUGACUUUAUUUUUUUGUCUUUUCUUUUGUUCUCGGCUUAUGCCUAUGUUUAUGCCUUUAUAGUAAAAACCAAGAUACAAUGAAAAGCGCUUAUAGCCUGGAUUAUUUUAUUUUGUCUUUUGUGUUUCUUUUACACCAAAGUAUUGASUAUUCUUAAAAUUCCAACAGAGGCAGUAAUAGCCAUGAAUCUAUGUGUAAAUACAGCUAUUUCAAAAAACGUUGUCGGGGAGAACGGCGAACGGUGAUUGUUGAAGAGAGAUUCCACGACCGAAAGAGACUAUGGUUACACUGUAUUGAUCAACAGAAUUUCACUUAUUGGAUUCACCUUACAUAGAAAUGGAGGCUAAAUGGAGCCAAUGUUUACCACAGACCAUCUUACAGUACAAAUUAGUUGUUAUCUUAUUUCACCAAGCAAAACCCAUGACUACUUUCGGUCGUGCAAUCRCCGUUCGACCAKKGACAUCGCCAUUUUACCCUACAGCCUUUUUUGAAAUAGCUAUAUAUUGUUUAUUCUAUUGUUUUCUAUCCUAGGAACGGAAUUAUUGAAAUUUUGAUAAUAGUCAAUAAAUGUUCGAUUUUCUCUAUGUUAA